GUAUUCCAAUUUCAUGAAGUAUCACCUGUCCAACUCAAUGUCUUUCCCAAUGACUAUGACGAGAUAAGAAAAUAUUGGUGAAGAGUUAACCAUCAAUCCGUCACGAAAUUUCAGUUCUAAAAGAGGCAUAGGAUGGUUGUGGAUAGUAUUUCACUAUGGCAGCCACAACCAACUACAAUCAGCUACCUCUCGCCGAAAACAGUGACGAAGACUGGAAUGAUGAUGUCAAAAACGACGUGACGUCAUCGCAUAUUACAAGUUUAAACGCACCGGAAGUAGUUAUUCGGGACACUGAUGCUCUGCUCAAUUCAAAAAAAUCACAUAUUAACGGACAUGGUACCGCCUAUGAGUUUUCGCAAUCUAGAAACCGGAAGUAUGGGAACGCGUUUUGUUCGCCCACGCGGGCGGCAAUAGCACUGGGGGCGGGGAUUCUGGUUUUCGGUAUCGGAUAUAUUAUCGGGUUUGUCACACCGACCGUUAAGGAGUACGUGUUUGGUCCCACCGGAAGUUCGGCGGCCCAGAGUGCUGCGCUAAAGAAGAGAUCUGGCAACUGGAGAACAAAAAUGCCCGACUGGGGUACUGAGUCGUGUAUUCGACUUGUUGACGUUGACCAAGAUGGCGUCCUCGACGUCAUUAUAGGCGUCGCGUUGGGCAAAGACGUCUCAACAAUGUUGACCGAACCGGAUAUGGCGGAUUUCUGUCGGAAACAAGGACUGACAGUUCCGUGCGCAGGCGCGGUUGUGGCGCUGCGCGGCCGCGAUGGGAAGCUGCUAUGGAAGACCAACGCUUACGCGGAAGUAUUUGAGCUGCUCUGUCAUGGCAUCGACGUCAAUCAGGAUGGCGUGGAUGACUGCAUCGUCUCGGGGCGCCUGGCGGAAAUGCGCGCAAUCAACCCGCUUAACGGCGAGGUGCUGUGGGAGCUAGACUCUAAGUACCAGAACCGCGGCUGGAACAUCUACGCACCGGCGGCACUUCCGGACCUCGACGGCGAUGACGUGAAUGACAUCGUUAUCUCCCAUGGCGGCGACCCCACCGUGCCGGCUAAUGUGCACGCGCGACGUUCGGGCCACAUUCUGAUGGUUUCCGGCAAGACGGGCAAGUUCAUUGGAUCCUACAUGAAAACGCCAAACGACAAGGAGACGUACAUGUCGCCGGUCGUUCACACCCGGAAGGACGGCUCCAAGUACAUCCUCAUUGGCACCGGCGGGGAGACAGUCGGCGGACAGCUGAUAGCGAUGUCUGUGCCCGACUUCUACCGCUAUGUGCGUGGCCUGCCGCACGAUCACCCCGUGCGCAACACGCAGGGUGCUUACACCCAAUGGGGGUACAAGGAACGCCAAGCCAACGGUUCCAUUUCCAUCAUGGAGAGCCCGGACAAGGGCGUCAUGGUGCCCCCGGUUCUGGUUGACGUGAAUGGGGACGGGGUAAAGGACAUCCUGGUGAACUCAUUCAACGGCGAUCUCGUGCUCUACUGCGGGGAGACGCUGGCUCCCAUCUGGAAGAUACAUCUCGAGGACAGGGAGUCGUACAGUACGCCUGCCCCGGGUUACUUCAACGACGACAAUGUGCUGGACUUCAUGGUUCACUGGAGCGUGGGGGCCUGGCCCUUCUAUAACACCACUGACACGGUGAUCGUUGACGGCAGAGACGGAAGUAUCCUAUGGAACCUGACUACAAACAAGUAUGACGUCACCUCCGACCUAGUGGCGCGCACGGACGCAUUAAACCGUGACGUGUUUAUUUUUAGAGCUCAAGGCCGCAACGGGAUUGAUUUAAGGAACACAGGGGCCAUUCAUGGGGCUUCUGGCACCCAGAGAAUUUUAAACCGACGGGCCACUGCCGAAGGCACGUGGGAGUUCGAGGAGCACGAGAUCGGCGAACACAACGAGGACAUGGCUGGCGUGCUACUCCCGGAUAGCCACUUCCGGCACAAACGCGCCGUAAUCGACAAGGACUACAUCGAGUGCGAGACAGACCAGACGGUGUUCCUGGCGGAGCUGUUUGCUUUGGACCGAACCACGAUGCGCGCGCCGAUCAAACUGUGGGAACGAGGCUCAGAGAAAUACUACUACAAGAUGGACGAUGCUGACAGGGCGGCGGUGGAGGCGACCAUCAAGAAGUACGGCGCCGACCAUCUGAUGACCGACAACGAGGUGCCCUGGUCACGUGGUCGCCGCGAGGUAGAGCUUGACACGCCCACUAAGGAUUCCUUUUGUGUCCUCGUACAGCCGGACGAACGGACCACAGGUGCGCUCGGUGACGUAGACGGUGACGGUAAACUGGACGUCAUAGUAAACCUGGUGUCUGUGGGAGUGCUGAGAGACGAGAAAGCCAGGUACGUCAAGAUGAAGUUCACAGUUGACGUGUUCAAGCUCUCCCUCGAGGAGGCGAUACAGCACGAGAUCUACGUGCCCGUCAACGUGACACUGCACGACAAGAUGCGUUGGGUGGGCAACGAGAACAAGAUAACUAGCCUGCGAUUCCUGCCCGGGGACCGCCAGACAUGGGGCGCUUACAUGGGCACCUGGGGCGAUAGCGCAUACAGACCCUAGGGGACAAAGGGGCCGGAACUCUUCCCGUCCGAUACUUCUGAUCACUUAGAAUUAUAAACAUUCAUUAAAUUGCAAAAUUAUUGUUAGGUUACAUUGUUCGCAGUUUGCAUGUUUUAUUGUUUUCAUUUGUUUGUCCGGUAUUUGUAAAUUAAAUAUAUCGUCAUGUG